CGCCGGCGCGCGGUGACGUCAUGCGGCCCUGGGCACGGCAGGCCGGGCAGGGGAAAGGCAAAGUUUGGCAAUGUGAGUGCUGGGGAAGAAGUGAGAGUAAGACACCGGGGGAAGGGGAGAAGACAGAGCGGCCUCCGGGAACUGCCCUCACCGGGUCCCUUCCAUCUCCGGCCUCGGAGCCUCACCUACACGUGGAUUCGUCGGCCCUGUCCACCAGCCACAGACAGACAUAACCGCCGCUGAGCCCGACUGUCAUCCAACAACCCCUCUGCGGAGGCUAGAGACAUGACGGAGCCGGACCUCAGCUCCUUGCCAUGGUCCAUCAACAGGGAUGACUAUGAGCUGCAGGAGGUGAUCGGAAGUGGGGCGACAGCUGUGGUCCAAGCUGCCUACUGUGCCCCCAAGAAAGAAAAGGUGGCCAUCAAGAGGAUCAAUCUAGAAAAAUGUCAGACCAGCAUGGAUGAACUACUGAAAGAAAUCCAGGCAAUGAGUCAGUGUCAUCACCCCAACAUUGUGUCAUACUAUACCUCCUUUGUAGUUAAGGAUGAGCUCUGGCUGGUAAUGAAAUUAAUGAGUGGAGGCUCUGUCUUGGACAUAAUCAAACAUAUUAUAGCGAAAGGAGAACAUAAGAAUGGUGUUCUGGAUGAGCCGAGCAUUGCUACUAUGCUAAAGGAGGUUCUGGAGGGCCUGGAGUACCUGCAUAAAAACGGGCAGAUACAUAGGGAUGUUAAAGCUGGAAAUAUACUUUUGGGGGAAGAUGGCUCUGUACAAAUAGCAGAUUUUGGUGUCAGUGCGUUUCUAGCCACAGGUGGUGACAUAACCAGGAACAAAGUGAGAAAGACGUUUGUGGGCACGCCUUGCUGGAUGGCCCCAGAGGUCAUGGAGCAGGUUCGGGGAUAUGAUUUUAAGGCAGACAUCUGGAGUUUUGGAAUUACUGCUAUUGAAUUGGCUACUGGAGCUGCUCCAUAUCAUAAAUACCCUCCAAUGAAGGUUUUAAUGUUGACGCUUCAAAAUGAUCCCCCAACUCUAGAGACUGGUGUGCAAGAUAAGGAAAUGCUGAAGAAAUAUGGCAAAUCUUUUAGAAAGAUGAUCUCAUCGUGCCUUCAGAAAGACCCAGAGAAAAGGCCAACAGCAGCAGAACUUUUGAAGCACAAAUUUUUCCAGAAAGCAAAGAACAAAGAAUUCUUACAGGAGAAGUUGAUGCAGAGAGCCCCCACCAUCACAGAGAGAGCCAAGAAGGUUCGGAGAGUGCCAGGAUCAAGUGGUCGGCUUCAUAAAACCGAAGAUGGAGGCUGGGAAUGGAGUGACGAUGAGUUGGAUGAGGAGAGCGAGGAGGGGAAAGCAGCUAUUUUACAACUUAGGUCUCCACGUGUGAAAGAUUCUCUCCAGAAUUCUGAGCAGUUUCCCGCGACCGAGCCAGGCUCAGCCUUUCUCCAGACUCCAUCACAGCCCUCAGCCAAUCUACCUCAGUCGACUGGCCAAGCUCCGCCUUCACAAGUGUCUGUUCCUGUGCCAACAACUGGACAGGCUACAGCUCCUGUGCCUCCCACGUCCGAAGAAGCAAAAGUUAUCAGUUUAGUAUUACGAUUAAGAAACACAAAGAAAGAACUCAAUGAUAUUCGGUUUGAGUUUACUCCUGGAAGAGAUACAGCCGAUGGUGUGUCCCAAGAACUGGUCUCCGCUGGCCUUGUAGAUGGACGAGACGUAGUAAUAGUUGCAGCUAAUUUACAGAAGAUUGUGGAAGAGCCACAGGCUAACAGAGCCGUCACCUUCAAGUUGGCCUCUGGGGUGGAUCCCUCUGACAUUCCGGACGAUGGAAAACUCAUAGGAUUUGCACAGCUCAGCAUCAGCUAAGCUGCCAUUUUUAUGAGCUGCUUCUUAAGGAAACAUCUACACCUUCAUCUUUCUAACGCUUCUCUUGGCCUGAAGGACCACUACUGCCAAAGAAUCAAAACUCUGGCUUGUUUUGGAGCUGUAACAACACGUAUUAAUUUCUCUCUUCACAGAUGUCUCUAACUUAGUGUAACACACUGAGAGGUCAGAGCUUUGUAACCGACAGCGAACAAAAGUGUUUCCAUACAUCAUUCAUUUGGAUUUCUUUUCAUGUGAAACGCUCUGGUUGCCUUUGUAAGUGCUGACGGGGCCGUCAGUAGUUUGUGCUGGCUGCCCCUCUGUCACUGUAUAGGCUCAGCCAGAUCUCCUUGUACCUGUUUGUUACUGUUGCCUUAUAUACUACUGAGGAUGGAGAUAUGGGUUUCUACCACUCUUAAAACACACACAAGGCAAAGAGAAAUGAAUUUUGGGAUCUGAUUUUUAUUGGCUUUAAUUUAAAGUGAACAGAAAAAUAGUCUAAA